UCGUUUAAAAUUGAAACUUUAUCUACUUCCAUAAAUUUAAGUCGUGGACAUGUUGUGGUCAUUUUUUCCACAACAUUGAUAAGAACGAUGUUACCCUCUGCCUACACACUCAUCAGUUCUUUUGUGGUGUUUUCUGUGAUCUGUGGCCAGAUCAACACCCAGUACACCGACUGCGAAUGCGUACCCUACCACCUCUGCGACACCGGUACCAUCAACAUGGACGGAGUGGACCUCAUCGACAUCAGAAUCCGACAAAACGACUGCCCGUCGUACCUCCAAAUCUGCUGCCAGACUGAAAACGUCCUGGAGGAAUCUUCAAUUAGAGUCCCAAAAAAAAAUGGUUGUGGCUACAGAAACCCCGACGGGGUCGGGUACCACCUCAUCGAUAAUGUCGACAACGAAGCACAGUUCGGGGAGUUCCCGUGGGUCACCGCCAUCCUACACAAAGACCCAGACUACUUCAGGUACGUCUACAAGUGCGGCGGUACUCUGAUCCACCCCCAGGUCGUACUCACCGUCGCCCAUUGCGUCGCCAAUGGGAACAGUUUCGUGGUUCGGGUCGGCGAGUGGGAUACCCAGACAAUCCAGGAGUUGUUGAAACACCAGGAGAGGGAUGUGGUUUCGGUGGUACUACACCGGGACUACAAUUCCAGGUUUUUGCACAACGACAUAGCGUUGCUGUUUCUGGAGUAUCCGGUUAAACUCACCGCGCACAUUAAUGUAGCUUGUUUGCCCCCGAAGAACAGCGUGGUUCUUUCUGAUAAAUGCUUAGUGAGUGGAUGGGGUAAAGACAAGUUUGAGUGCGACGGGGUUUAUUCGAAUAUUUUGAGGAAGGUUGAACUGCUGGUGGUUGAGAGGAGGAAAUGUCAGAGGGACUUUAGGAGAACGUGGUUGGGGUGGGAUUUUGAGCUGCACAGGAGUUUUAUGUGUGCUGGGGGGCAGGCGGGGAAGGAUGCGUGUACUGGAGAUGGGGGGGUACCACUAGUGUGUCCGAUACCGAAUCAGAAGAAUAGAUAUCAGGUGGUUGGAUUGGUGUCUUGGGGGAUUGGAUGCGGUAUUGAAGGAGUACCGGGGGCUUACGCAGAUGUGGCGUAUCUUCGAAAUUGGGUGGAUGAGCAGAUGAAGAAGAGGAGAUAUGGGGUGGAUUCGUAUCGGUUUUAAUUUUUUGAGGCUAUGUAGUAUAGUAGAUUUAAAAAAAAUAUUAUCGAAAUUUUUGUGCAGAAAUUCAAAGUUCAGUAUAUCUCAGUUGAGUGAACUUUGCUAUUGAUAACACUCUAUUAUUAGAAUAUUAUAUUGUACUUUCUCAAAUAAACUCUCAAAAUGCGUUGUAAA